AUGCCGUUUAAAAUAGACCCCCCAUGUUUAGGCGAAUCAAAACACAUUGCUACUAAAAGAUUUAAUUCACUUUGGCAACGUUUGAAGAGAGAACCAGAGUAUAGGCAACUAUACAGCGAAUUUUUAACUGAGUAUGAGAAUUUGGGGCAUAUGCAGGCAACUUGCGAAACUCCAAGGUACAUUAUGCCUCAUCAUGGCGUUUUUAGGCCAGAAAGUAGUACUACAAAAUUACGCGUUGUUUUCAACGCAUCAGAGGCAACGUCAUCUGGACAAUCGCUUAAUGAUAAUUUGUAUUCAGGAUCUGUUGUCCAAGAUGAUUUGUUUGCUAUUUUGUUGAGGUUUCGAAAACAUUCUAUAGUUUUCACCGCUGAUAUAAAAAAGAUGUAUCGUCAAAUUUGGAUGCAUCCAGAUCAGUGUGAUUUACAAUGUAUUUUAUGGAAGGAUUUAGAGGAAGAGAAAUUACGUGUAUUUAAGUUGCUCACUGUUACCUACGGAACCAAAUGCGCUCCUUACUUGGCGACCAGAGUACUAAAACAAAUAUGCUGUGAUGAGCAGAACAACUAUCCUUUAGCCGCUGCUGCUGGCAAAGAUUUUUACGUCGAUGAUAUACUCAGUGGUACCGAGGAUUUAUCUUCUGCCAUUGAACUACAAGACCAGUUAAUACAUUUGUUAAAAUCAGCUGGUCUCUUAGGACCUUUGAUAAUCACAGCGAAGAUGUUCUUGCAGAAGUUGUGGAUUUUGAGAAUUGAUUGGGACGAUGAAGUUCCCUUACACUUAAAUAGAGAGUGGGAAAAAUUUAGUUCUGAAUUGAGUCAAUUGAAAAAUGUAAACAUAGAUCGUCAUGUGUUAUGUUCUGAAGUUCUGAAAGUAGACCUGAUAGGCUUCGGAGAUGCUUCGAAAAAUGCAUAUGGUUGUGCUGUCUACACCAGGUCUUUGUCAAGGUCUGGUGAAAUAAAGGUGUCACUCUUAUGCAGCAAAUCUCGAGUGGCUCCCAUCAAAGAAAUUAGUAUCCCACGUUUGGAGCUGUGUGCAGCGGAUCUGCUUUCCAAGCUUACCGUUAAGGUUCUGUCAUCCUUGCAACUAGACAUUGAUGGAGUACAUUUGUACUCGGACUCCACUGUGGUGCUUGCCUGGAUCAAAACUCCACCAACAUUGUUGAAAACUUUUGUGGCUAAUCGAGUCGCUAGGAUUCAAGAGUAUACUAAGAACUUCCAAUGGCAUUAUGUAAAUACUGCUGAGAAUCCUGCGGACUUGAUAUCACGAGGAGUUUUCCCUUCAAAGAUCCAACAGUUGGGCAUUUGGUGGAAUGGACCGUGUUUUCUUUCAUCUAGUAGCUGUCCAAACUUCAAUGACGAUCCUGGUGUCUCAGAUGAUGAAUAUCUUCUUGAGGUGAAAAGAACUGCAAAGAACUCUGAACUGAAUAAUGAUCCUAUGAUUAAUCUUUCCAUUUGUAAUAUUCCUAGUUUUUUACAGUUUGUCAAGAAUCUAAAAGAAGCAGUGAAGACAACAGGUCCACUGAAUGCUGAGGAAUUGAACUAUGCAGAGACAUUUUUAAUUAAAAAUAUCCAAAUCCAAGAGUUUGCCAAAGACGUCAGUAGUCUCCAAAAACACCACUGUGUGUCUCCUGGUAGUAAAUUAAAAACUUUGAAUCCUUUCUUGGAUUCUAAAGGAUUGUUAAGAGUCGGAGGACGGUUGGCCCAACCAAUUGUACCUUCUCAAAUCAUGGGCAAUUUGCCCAAGGAAAGAGUGUCUCCAGAUUUUGCUUUUAAUUGUGCUGGUGCCGAUUUCUGUGGGCCGUUUUAUAUUAAGAAUAAGGCUCAGCGUAAAGCUGUUCAUAUAGAAAUUGUUUCAGAUUUGACUUCUGCUUCCUUUAUAGCGACUUUAAAACGAUUCAUGGCUCGAAGAGGUAAAUGUGCGAAACUAUUUUCAGAUAAUGCUAAGAAUUUGGUAGGAGCUAAUAGAGAAAUUAAAAAACUUCAUGAAAUGGUUAGAAAACCAGAUGAAAAGCUGGCAGGCUAUUUAGCUGCAGAAGGUAUUGAGUGGAAAUUUAUUCCACCUAGAUCCCCACACUUUGGCGGUCUUUGGGAGGCAGCUAUAAAGUCAUUUAAAUACCAUCUAAAAAGAGUUGUUAAGGGAAUAAACUUAACUUAUGAAGAGUUCUUAACGGUAAUUGUGCAAAUUGAGGGAAUUUUGAAUUCUCGACCACUUUGCCCCUUGUCAGCUAACGAGGACGAUUUUGAGGUUCUUACUCCUGCACAUUUUUUAAUAAAUAGGUCUUUAACCUCUUUGAAUGAGCCUGAUUUGACAAAUUUAAAAGAAAGUCAUCUCAAGAAAUGGCAAAAGGUGAUAACACAUUGCAGCCGUGUCACAAAUCCAGUAUCGGCAGAGUGCAACAUGUCUGGCUGUAUACAUCACAGCUUUCGACGGAUUGGAUGGACAGGAUCGAAACUUUCAACAUCUGUUAAUGUUAACUAA